GGAGGAGGCUUGUUCGUUGUCUUCUUCGCUGCUGCCACUCUGUGUUGAGUCCAUUUUUAUGUGCGUUGUUGCGGUUUCGCAACGAUUGUCUUUUAGAUGGCGCUGGAUUGGGGUGUGGCUGGCUCUCGGUAUUACGGAUCACUCCUACUGCCGCCAAAUCUUGGAUUCCGUCGGGUCGUAUGAUCAGGAGUCGUGGUUCGGUACCCUAGGGGGAAAGUGGUUGUUGAUGUGGAGGGGGAUUCUUAGCCAAUUCAGCGAAAGCACGGGAUUAUCAUCAGCACGGUGGCCUGCUGGUUAGGGAUUGCCUCGGCUUACCGAAUCUGUUCUGAAGCAUCGGGACGGUUCAUUGUUGUUGGAGGUUUGUAUUGUAAGAUAGUUCCAGAGUUUUGAGUUUUGGAGUGACUUAGUUUGGUGUAGGGGUGGUACAGUGGUGGAUAAGGGUCGAUUGAAGCUCUCGUGGUAGGGCUGGCGCGCCUCGUGUGGCAUCAUGGAUUGAGAAAUGAAACAGGCCGUGAUCUUAGAAUUGGUGUGCUACAGCUGUUUUUCGAUGUGCGGGGGGAUUAGCGAGUGAUAGUGUAUUUUCGUGGGUUUGCCGGUGUGGUGCAAGGACGGUUGGACCUUGCGGGGAGGGAAGUGAUAGCCAUGGAUGAUUUCGAGGAGGACAGGAUGGGGCUCGGAGGAGAGAUGUCGGUUGCACAGAAGAACGGCCGAGCGGCGUUGUUUGGAUAUACUGUAGCGGCAUCGCCGGGGCAGGCUUGGUUUGAUGUGCGGGUGAUCUAUGUUAGGGUUACGGAGUGUCCGCUUGACGAUGCACCGGAAUCGUUGACCAUUCGAUUCCCUGCAAGAAGUAUUGGUACAGCGCUGGAAGUGAACGGGGCCCGAAUUAGCCCCUCGGAGGAAGUGUGCUUGGUGUUGAAGCGAGACAGAGUUGACACGGAUUCUUCGGAAGCGACCUAUCUGAGCACUGAUAAUUUGCGCACUAGCGGCUCACUUAAGUUCGAAGUCUUACAUAAAGAAGAGGUCCUACUUUGUGGUGCUCUUGAGCAGUCGCAACCCGCCGCAGAUGCUGAAGAGUAUAAAGGAUCUGAAGCUAUCAGCACGCCCGAAAAGACCACCAAGCUUGGGUGGACGAUGGAAUGCGCCUGUGCGGUGGGCCAGUCAGGAUGUGUCUUUCUGAAAGGAAGGCAUGAUUAUCCAAGCGUGGCGCUGGCGCAUCCUGUCAUGGAGGUGUGCGUGGUUGGGCGUUUCGCAGGGACUCCGGUGAUCUUGACACAGACUGUGCAGAUAUUGGCGCGUCGUAGACCUAACAGACAAGCCACUCUUGAUGCCAUUCCCGAAACAGAAGAGGUUACAUGCAAUCAACCGAGGUUUAUGGAUGUGGAUCAACCUGUACGGGGAAAUCAACCAGAUCUCUUUAUGGACCAUGCUGAUAAAGCUAUCACAAGUUUCGGUUAUGCUUUGGAAGGGAGCCCGUACGGGGAUCAGGACAACGGGCAGUUGACGUGGUUCAACGCAGGUGUCAGGGUAGGGGUUGGUAUCGGCUUGGGCAUGUGCCUGGGUGUAGGUAUUGGUGUCGGCUUAAUGAUUCGGACCUAUCAAGCAACAACGAGGACCUUCAGAAGAGGAUUGCUGUAGCUUCAUUCUUACUAACAGGGUUAUUUCAUUGGUGAUCAAUGGGCUCUUAUCAGCAAGGUUUGCUUAAAGUUUUGUACGUAGAAGAGGUGUUGAGGGUUCUCGUAGAAUAUGUUUUAAUUCUCAGAAAAUGGACAUUUCCAGGACUGGAAUCAAAGCAAUUCAUUGAAUUCUAGCAGGAUGGUCAGCAUUUAUGAUUGUUUGACCUUGCUGUGGGUGAAAAAUGUUUAGGGAAUACCUUAAGAGUAGCCAGUGGAUGCCAUGAAGCGUCUGGUGAAUCCGAAGCAGUUAUUGCUGCCGGAGCUCUUGGUUUUUGUCGAGAGGUCACGAAGUCUUCUUCUCUUAUCAGCCAUAGAUACACGGUUGGUUUAGAUGCGCACACUCAGUUCCUGGUUGAUGUAAUGUUAGUUUGAUGAUUGAGACUCCAGAUAUGUAACUGUGUAUAUUUUGUAAUUUCAUGAGGUGCUUGAUACACAACAGAGAUCGUACAUCUGCCCAAGGUAACGAUUCCUGAGUGUGCAGUGCAGCUGCUGCUUAUCAGA